AUGGCUACCUUGAGAUCUCUAUCGUUUUCUCACAUUCUAGUAGUUUUCAUGGCCGUCAUUAGUAUUCCAUGUGGUGCUACCGAGGAAGAUAGAAAAGUUCACAUUGUGUACAUGGGCGCCCUUAAUACUGAUCAGGAUGAUGGAUAWUUAACUUCAUCUCAGCAUCUUAGCAUUCUACGACAAGUUGUUGAGGGAAGAAACUUGGCGACUGGGUCCCUUGUACGCAGCUAUAAGAGAAGUUUUAAUGGGUUUGCAGCCAAGCUAAAUAAGCGCGAGAAACAAAAACUUGAGAGUAUGGAUGGCGUGUUAUCGGUGUUUCCAAGUAGAACCCUCCAGCUUCAUACAACCAGAUCCUGGAAUUUCAUGGGUUUAACUGCGAAGACCAAAAGACAACCCAAUGCUGAGAGUGAUGUGAUAGUUGGUGUCCUCGACRSUGGAAUCUGGCCCGAGUCUGAAAGUUUCAGUGAUGAAGGAUUCGGCCCUCCUCCCAAGAAAUGGAAGGGUACUUGUAAUGGUGGCAGCAAUUUCACCUGCAACAAUAAGCUCAUUGGUGCUCGAGUUUACAGUUUGAAUGAUGAAACUGCAAGGGACAAGGAAGGACAUGGCACACACACUGCUUCAACAGCAGCAGGGAACAGAGUGGUGAAUGUGAGCUUUUAUGGAUUGGCUCGAGGAAAUGCAAGGGGGGGAGUUCCAUCAGCUAGAAUUGCUGUUUACAAGAUCUGCAACAGUGUAGGUUGUCGUGAAGAAGAUAUCCUCUCUGCCUUUGAUGAUGCCAUUGCUGAUGGCGUAGAUAUAAUCUCUAUUUCAGUAGGGGGAGCUCAAGCAUUUGAUUUCUCUUCAGACUCCAUUGCUAUUGGUGCAUUUCAUGCCAUGGCGAAAGGCAUCUUAACCUCGAAUUCUGCUGGGAAUAGUGGUCCGUUUGCAGCCUCAGUUUCAAGUGUUGCACCAUGGAUGUUUUCUGUAGCAGCCAGUAGUACAGACCGUCAAAUUAUUGACAAAGUUGUUUUAGGGGAUGGUACAAAACUUGUGGGUAAAUCUGUUAAUUCAUUUGGUGCAAGAAAUAGAAAAGUUGAUCUUGUAUAUGGCAGAAGUGCUUCAACGAAAUGUGAUCCUGAUAGUGUUCAGCUUUGCGCUUCUGAUUGUUUAGAUGGUGAUUUGGUAAAGGGGAAGAUUGUGGUAUGUGAUAAGAUUUCAAUAGGAGAGGAACCUAUGCGAGUGGGUGCUCUUGGRACAAUCAUGAUAGAUAACGAAUUAAAUGAUUUUAGUUUAAUUUAUCCUCUUCCUGCAGUACUGUUAACCCCUGAGAAUGGGGAGAAUCUCAAGCUUUACAUGAAUUCCACAAGAGAUCCUCAGGCAAACAUUUUGAGAAGCGAAGCAAUUCAUGAUUCAAGUGCUCCUUUGGUAGUUUCAUUUUCAUCUCGUGGGCCAAAUUUAAUCACACCAGAUAUUAUUAAGCCGGAUGUAACUGCCCCAGGAGUAGAUAUUUUGUCAGCAUUUUCGCCUAUUGCUUCAGUAUCUGACAGUAAUGCAGAUAAAAGAUCAGUGAAGUAUAGCAUAUUGUCUGGGACCUCCAUGUCUUGCCCACACGUUACUGGUUCAGCUGCUUAUGUCAAAAGUUUCCACCCUGACUGGUCGCCGGCUGCCAUUAAAUCUGCUCUUAUGACUACUGCUCGGCCCAUGAGUUCUGCCCAGAAUGAAGACGCUGAAUUUGCUUAUGGUGCUGGCCAUAUAGAUCCAGUGAAAGCUAGAAACCCUGGGUUGGUUUAUGAUGCCCAAAAAGGUGACUACAUACAAAUGCUCUGCAAUAUAGGCUAUGACUCGAAGAGGGUUAGGCUUAUAUCAGGUGACAACAGCAGCAGUUGCCCAAAGCAGGCGAAUGGUAAAGGUUCAGCUAAGGAUCUCAAUUACCCUUCAAUGGGACUUUAUAUUGAUGGAUUCAAGGCAUUCAACAGUAACUUUACGCGGACUGUUACCAACGUUGGCUUCCCAAACUCCACAUACAAGGCAAAAGUAACUUCAGAUUCUACUAUGAAAAUCAGCGUUAAACCCAGUGUUCUGUCGUUUAAAGCAUUGAACGAGAAGAAGUCUUUUGUUGCGACUGUCGGUGGAAGUGCGCUAUCAUUAACGCACUCUACAGCGCGUGGAUCAUUGGUUUGGUCUGACGGAAUUCAUAGUGUGAGAAGUCCAAUUGUCGUAUAUACAUUUGAUCAUCGUCACCCCACCAAUUAAGCGCAAGUAUAUAUAUAUUCUCAAAUUCACUA